CUAAUGACACCAAAAAAGGCCGAGGUCGGCGUCUUUUUUUCAUUUCAACAUUUUAUAUAAAUUCAAAGCUGUUUGUUAUAUGAGCUUGUGAUUGAAUGGCUAGUUUGUUCUAUGUCCAUAUCUGUUGUUGUUUGUGGGAGCAUAUAAGGGCAGCAGAUAACCACUGUUCUCUUCUAUUAAGCCCUCCUCCUACCAGGAAUGAUCCCUGGACAGCCACCUACUAGGGACGCAGUCUAGUCAUAACAGCGGUCUUAUCACUCUAUACCCUCCAUUAAGCCUCCAUUAAGAAACAGAAGACAUAUCAGGGCUGCGAAGAGCUCAAUUUUCAUGUCUGUUGACCAGCCUGUUGGGGGCUCAGUCCCUCCGAACACUGCCCAUGUAAGUGAUACCCGAUGAGUCAAUAUCAACCAUGUAUUGAAAUUAUAUGGGAGCCUACGAUAUAAUACAUAUAUACUCUAGCAAUGGGAAUCCGCAUCCAGCUCCUUGUUUUUACUGAAGCUGGCUGCUGGUAUAGUCCUAGGCUGAUACCGCUGCUGACAUCUAUAUAGGCGAUUAGUGUAUCGCUUCCAACGUGGGAAGCCAAUGUGGGAUAUGAAGAAGGGGAUGCAAAGGUUAUCAAUGCCAUGACUACAGGAUACCCAAGAUUCUUCGUCCAUAAGAGCAUCCAAUGUCUUGCAAACGAGGUGAUUGUCCGUUUUGGCCGGCAGGGAGACGCUGCCAUGCUAUUCCCAUCGCCUAAAACCGCUGCGUGCUGUAGGGACUUCCUCCUGUCAAAGAUACCCGAAGACGAAAAGACUGGAGUACGUAUUGUAAGGCUUGUUAUGCCGCCACAGAUUACCCCUGCAGAGCUCAACGGUAUCACAUCGGAGCUUUGUGCAGUGCUUUACCCACAAAAGUAUGGCGGUAUCUCGAAGCAGGUAUGGCAGCACAGUGGAUCGGGAAUCUCCAGUCGACGCGGCGAAUUUUGUCUCAAAGCGCUGAAUGGUGGAUAUCUCGUCGAAGAGUCUCAGGCGCAGGGACAAGGGCAAGCCAAGGGUGCAAAGGCAGACAGUGUCAUACACAAGGGGCCAAAGAGAUACCAGAAAGUUGAAUUGCACGGUUCAACUAAACUAGCUGAGCCCACGUCUACCGGCGAAGGGGAGUUCAGCCAGUUUAUCGAAGAGCGGUUUGGUCGAAACUUGGACAUGUGCCUGGCUAACAACGCGAAGUUGGCUGUCAAAAGGCGGAUUGCAGGGACAUUGUCAGCGACAGAGGCAGACUCGCAUAAUCCUGAGAACGCCCGUAUCCCGGGGCUCAACGAGGAGCAUGUCAUGCUCUACCCUACGGGUAUGAACUCGAUAUUCAAUGUGCACCAGCUCCUGCUCAAGGCCCGUGGACCCAUGAAGAGUAUCUGCUUCGGCUUCCCGUACAUUGACACGCUGAAGAUCCUGGAGAAAUGGGGCCCGGGAGUGCUGUUCUACGGCCUUUGCUCGACGGAGGAGAUAGAUGAUCUUGAGAAACGCCUGGAGGCAGGAGAGCGGUAUCUUGCUCUAUUUACCGAGUUCCCCGGGAACCCACUGCUGCGAUCACCGGAUCUUGAACGCAUAUAUGCCCUUUCGAGGAAAUAUGAGUUCGCCGUUGUCGUGGACGAGUCGCUGGGCAACUUCAUCAAUGUGAAUGUGCUCCCCUUUGCUGAUGUGGUGGUCAGCAGCUUGACGAAGAUAUUCAGCGGAGACAGCAACGUUAUGGGCGGCAGUGCAGUGUUCAAUCCGCAUGGACAGUUCUAUACGCUGCUCAAGGAGGUGCUGGCACAAGAGUAUGAAGAUGACUAUUGGGCCGAGGAUGCGGUUUUCCUGGAACGCAAUAGUCGGGACUUUGUCGGUCGUGUUGAGCGGAUCAAUAGGUCAGCGGAGACCUUGACCUCGUUGCUGGAAGCUUCGCCUCUGGGUAAGUCCAUCAGUUAUUGCUUUGGGCAUGGAAUUUGGGCUGUGGUUUUUUGCUUACUUUGUGUAGUCAAAGAUGUGUACUAUCCGAAGAACAGCCCAACAAAGGCGUUCUAUGACCGAUGUCGUAACCAGGGAGGAGGCUAUGGAGGUUUGUUCUCAGCUACUUUCCAUACGCCCGAGGCAGCAGCAACCUUUUUCGACAACCUUGCGGUUCUAAAGGGGCCUAGCCUGGGGACAAACUUCACCCUGAGGUUUGUUCUGUCUUGUGUGUCUUGUGUGUGAAGUAUUGAAGCUAACUAACGUGUCACAGCUGCCCGUAUACUAUUCUGGCACAUUAUCAAGAACUGGACUGGGCCAAAUCCCUGAACGUCCCGUCUGAUCUGGUGAGGAUCAGCGUUGGGCUCGAGGACGUCGACGAUAUGAAG